AUGGGUGAGCGUCGACGCCAAACUCAAAAGCUCGUCCUAGGUCUUUCAUGGAGUUCUUGCUUGAACCAGAAAGUUAGGAACGCAAGUUUCAUCUCGUUUCUUGCCAACCACGCUCUCAGUGAGCUAUCUCUAAAAGAAUCCGAUGGCAUGGCAUGUUUGUCCCGUCCUGUGAACAAAACGGCCCAACAAGCUGUCCAUGUGGAAUUCCUUGGUGAUGAACUUUGGAUGGCUUGCAAAAGAGCCCGAGCACAGUGCCAUGGCUCUCUGUCCACAAUCUUUGAAAGCGGAUGCCUCCUGGUACAUGAUCGCAUGUACGAGCCCUCAAUAUUUACCAGAGCCAAAUAUGACAACCAUAGCGUUCUGGUGCGCUCUAAGGGACCCUCUCCCGCUGUUAUCAUUCAAAAAGCCAUCGAUGUUGAAGGAACGUGCUGGCCUUAUUUGACCAAAGAAACACGACAGCAAUCGGGUCAUGUUGCUUUCGCGUGUCUCAAUACUGAAGAAGCUUAUGCGAUGGCCCUGACGCACGGAACUGCUUGUAUACAAAGCGUCUUUUCUUCGACUGUUCUCUUUCGUCUUCUACAUCUCCAGGAGUGUAUCUACCAAGAUAAAAAGGAAUCGGCACGUGGCUGCUGUCUCUCGCGCCUUCUCAAAUUCGCCGGGUAUAAGCUCAUGCGCGUAUCCUGCCCUUUUAAAACUGGCCAUCGAUUACUACAUGUGUCUUCCAGUGGCUGA